AUGCUCAAGGGUGACCCGUCGGAGAAGACGAAGAAGCGGUACCAGGCGCGCGUGGACGCGGUGAACGCGCUCGGGGCGAGGACGAAGGCGCUGAGCGACGACGAGCUGCGGGCGAAGACGGAGGAAUUCCGCGAGCGAUUGCGACGAGGCGAGAGCGAGGACGAUUUACUCGUCGAGGCGUUCGCGGUGGUUCGAGAGGCGGCGGAUCGCGUGCUCGGGCUGCGGCCGUUCGACGUGCAACUCAUCGGGGGGAUGAUUUUGCACGAAGGGCAAAUCGCGGAGAUGCGCACGGGGGAGGGGAAGACGCUGGUGUCGGCGUUGCCGGCGUAUUUGAACGCGCUGAGCGGGAAGGGCGUGCACGUGGUGACGGUGAACGAUUACUUGGCGAGAAGAGACGCGGAGUGGAUCGGGCAGAUUCAUAAGUUUCUCGGGAUGACGUGCGGGUUGAUCCAGGCGGGCAUGGCGGAGGAGGAGCGACGAGUCGGGUACGGAAGUGACGUGACGUACGUCACAAAUUCCGAGCUCGGGUUCGAUUACCUGCGCGACAACUUGGCGCAAAACACCGGGGAGCUGGUGCAGCGCGAUUUCAACUUUUGUAUCAUCGAUGAGGUUGAUUCCAUUCUCAUCGACGAGGCGCGAACGCCGCUCAUCAUCUCCGGCGUGGCGGAUAAGCCGAGCGAACGCUACAUUCAAGCCGCAAAGAUUGCAGACGCCUUCGAGAAAGACUACCACUACAAAGUCGACGAAAAGCAAAAGAGCGUGUUGUUGAGCGAAGAAGGUUACGAAGCGGCGGAAGACUUGUUGCAAGUGACGGAUUUGUACGAUCCGCGCACGCAGUGGGCGUUGUACAUCAUCAACGCCAUCAAGGCUAAGGAACUCCAAAAACGCGACGUCAACUACAUUGUUCGUGGCCAAGAAAUUAUCAUCGUCGAUGAGUUCUCUGGCCGUACUAUGCAGGGACGUCGAUGGUCCGAUGGUUUACACCAAGCCGUCGAAGCCAAGGAAGGGGUGACGAUUCAAAACGAAACAGUCACCAUCGCCUCGGUGACGUACCAAGCCUUCUUCAAGUCCUACCCCAAGCUCGGUGGUAUGACCGGUACCGCCGAAACGGAGAUCACCGAGUUCAGUAACAUUUACGAGCUCGAAGUCGCGGUCGUGCCGACAAACCGACCGGUCUCGCGGGAGGAUUCCACCGACGUCGUCUUCCGCUCGGAAACCGGCAAGUGGAACGCCGUGCGCAAGGAAAUCUCGCGCAUGCACAAAAAGGGACGGCCCGUGCUCGUCGGUACCACUUCGGUCGAGCGUUCGGAGCAAAUCGCAGAACUUCUCGACGAAGACGGCAUUCCGUACGAGUUGCUCAACGCCAAGCCGGAGAACGUCGAGCGGGAGUCUGAAAUUGUCGCUCAGUCGGGCCGCAAAGGGGCGGUGACCAUCGCCACCAACAUGGCUGGUCGCGGUACGGAUAUUCUUUUGGGCGGUAACGCCGAAUUCAUGGCGCGUCUUCGCGUUCGUGAGUCGCUCAUGCAGCGCGUCGUCAUGCCCGAGGACGGCGAAAUCGCUUUCGAAAAGAAAGGGAACCUCGCCAAGUCGGGCGGGAACAAGUGGGCCGUCAAGGAAGGCUUGUAUCCGUGCGAGCUCUCCGCGGAAACCGCGAAGAUGCUCGGCGAAGCCGUCGACACUGCGUGCUCGGUGUGGGGCGAUCGAUCUCUCGAGGCUCUCGAUGCUGAGGAACGCUUGUCCUUCGCGUGCGAAAAGGGUCCGUCCGAAGACGAAGCCAUUCUCGCGCUACGCAAGGUGUUCAACGCGAUUGAAGCCGAAUACAAGGUGUACACGAGCGCUGAAAAGAAGGAAGUCCUCGGGCUCGGUGGCCUGCACGUGGUCGGCACUGAGAGACACGAGUCGCGUCGCGUUGAUAACCAGCUCCGAGGUCGCUCAGGCCGUCAAGGGGAUCCGGGAAGCACGCGAUAUUUCUUGUCACUGGAGGAUAACCUCUUCCGCAUCUUCGGCGGCGAUCGCAUUCAAGCGUUGAUGAGCGCUUUCCGAGUUGAGGACAUGCCUAUCGAGUCCGGCAUGCUCACGAACUCCUUGGAUGAAGCCCAAAAGAAGGUUGAACGUUACUUUUACGAUAUUCGUAAGCAGCUGUUCGACUACGACGCCGUUUUGAACUCGCAGCGUGAAAAGGUUUACUUCGAACGCCGCCGAGCGCUCACCGCGAGCAGAGAGCAACUCCAAGAACAAAUGCUUGAAUACGCCGAGCUUACCAUCGAUGACAUCGUGAACGCUAAUAUCGAUACGUCGGAGCCUGUGUCCGAGUGGCCGCUUGAAGGACUCGUCGGCAAGUUGCGACAAUACUGCUACUACUUCGGCGAAAUCGAUGAGAGCGACAUUCGCCCCAUCGCGGAGAAGGGUGGCGUCAACGCAUUGCGCAAUUUCCUCGUCAAGAAGGGUCAGGAUGCAUACAUGACCAAAUGCGGCGAAGUUGAGGCUACCGAAGCGGGGCUGAUGAUGGAAGCGGAGCGCUUCUUCAUUUUGUCGCAAACCGACAAUUUGUGGAAGCAACACUUGCAGGCUAUCAAGUUUGUGCAACAAGCUGUCGGCUUGCGCGGUUACGCUCAAAAGGAUCCUCUCAUCGAAUACAAGCUUGAAGGCUUCAACCUCUACACAGAGAUGAUGGCGCAAAUCAGACGCAACGUCAUCUACUCUGUGUACAUGUUCCAACCGCAGCGUUUAGAACAAAAGGAAGAGGCAGAACUCGUCGGUGCGGGAGGCGAUCAGAAGCCGAACUCGCGCAAAAAGUGA